GGCUAGCUCACUCCCUCACCAAAGUUGCAUCUCCCCUAGUGCUCGCCCUUCUAUUGAUUAAAGUCUUCAUUGACGUUAUGGACACUAACGCACUUAUCGAUCUCGUUCAUGAGAUGCAAGGUCAACUUUGGGUUGACAAGGUGAACGAGUCCUACAGAACGGGCCGUCUCUGCCAGUGGGUGUCGACUUUCCAUCCCGAUAAACUUCACUGUCAACUUGAUGGUACCUUUCACCAUGGUGCAUUUAAUGCCGGUAUGAAGAUGGUCUUCUGUGACAGUACUGCCUGGAUGGUUCGUUUCCCUCGUGUGGGGAUGGUCUGUGACGACUACGCCGACGAGAAGGUUGCCAUGGAGGUCACGGCUCUAGGUCUCAUCCGCAAUCGGACUACCAUUCCCGUCCCGAGAGUCUGGGCGUGGGGUCCCGCUGCCAGCAACCCACUUGGUCUCGGCCCCUUCAUCAUAAUGGACUUCAUUGAUGGUGUGAGCCUUAGCGAUCUUCUCCAGGACCCCAGCACCGAAAGCCCCAACAGAGUUAUAAGAGAGGAUAUCAGCGACAGUGAUAUAGAAAUUAUCUACAGGCAGUUAGCGAAAUUUUUGCUUCAGCUUUUCAAACUCGAUUUUGACCGGAUUGGCAGCCUGGUAUCACAACAGGCUGAAGCCCAGAGCCCUACACCGCCACGACCCCUAACUUUCAAAGCACAUAGCAUCCUACAGAAUGGAGGAGUUGACACUUUUGGUGACCGAGCCCAGGGGUUUGCAACAACGACUGAGUAUUUUCAAUAUAUUGCCGGGCAGGACUGGGAGCAGCUUGUUCAGCAGCCGAACUCAACUGUUGGUUUAUAUGAUUCCAAAAACAAAUAUAUAGCGUUCAAGGUCCUCAAAUCCCUGAUACCUGACUUGGUCAACGCGAAGUAUGACCGUUGCAAGUUUAAGCUGAUUUGCGAUGACCUUGGCCUGGCAAACCUAAUUGUCCGUGGCAGGCAAGACCUCACUGUUAUUGGAGUAGUGGACCUCGAGUGGUCUUACAUCGGACCCGCCCAGCUAUUUGGCUCGGCGCCGUGGUGGCUUCUUCAGGACAGGCCCGUCAAUAGCACGUGGGAUUACAAGGGCGACGAGCCGCCUAAGAUUGCUACCCGGUACUUCAAAUAUCUAGAUAUUUUUAUACGCGUCUUGGAAGAGGAAGAGGCAAAGAUGCCAGAACAUAAGGAGAGAGAACUCUCUAGUCUCGUCAAGUGGUCACAAGCCUCCGGAGCCAUGUGGCUGCACAUGCUCCUCUCAUCUGGAUUCAAUGAUCAUCGCAGUUUUCCUUUUAUGCAACUGCGUCGACAUUUGGGGGCUGAGUGGGCGAGGCGUGAGAAGGCAUUUGAACACGCAGAAGAGCUUCAGGCGUUCGCGGAGUGGAAGGUGAACGAGUUGGAUAAGUAUGAUGAAGCCUUGGAGAAGAUGGAGGAGAACAAAGCGCUCGUGGAGAGCGGAAAUAUGACAAAGCAGGAAUUCAUUUCCAAGGCUUCAAGAGAGCUAGGCCGUAUCCCCUGUUCCUCGUCGUCUUAUAUGAAUGGUGUAAUCAAAAAUGACGAGGGAUUGCUCCAUAAGGUGGCUGCCUGGCUUGGCUUGCAAGCUGGAAAGUUGAGAGCGGUCGGAAGGACAGGAUGAGGAGAUUUUAUAUUACCAAAAUGACUUGAGUUUUUGUUUCUUAAUGUCUUACACGAAGAAUUAACUUCAUUUGAUAAUUUACCGAGUGACUUAGGACUGGG